AUCGUGUGGCACAGUAUCUGAUUUUUAUUUCAAUGUGACAUGCUGAGUGCAUGUAAAAAUUCAACAAAUAAUAUAUUUUGCCCCCGCUGUAUUAAAGUCUUACAUGCCAUUAUUAGUUUUUCUUGUAGUAUACUUAUACCCAGCAUAACCACACAACAUUUUACAAGUCUUCCACAUAAACAACGUCGUAAUCUUCAUCGUCAUCUGGGUCGUAUUCAACAAAGCUGGAAUAAGAGGCUUUUAUUUUCAGUGGCUGUUGCUUCUACAUCUCUAAGAGUAUUUGUAAGUAUGUUUUUCUUUCAGAUUAUAUUUUUGUAUUUCUUUUUCCUGUUAAAGUUUCAGUUUUUUCUUGUUCGAUUACUAAAGUUCGUUGUUCGCUGCAUUUGUAAUUCAGUGCAGGAAAUGUGUGCGUCUUAUAGUUGAUUAAGAAGUAAAACUUAACUUUGGCCAAAUAAUGCCAUAAAUGAAGAUUCGCUUUUUCUAUUUCCAAUACAUUUACCAAUAUACCAGUAAUAGAAUUAUAUACGUAAAUUCCCGCUCAAAUACGCAUUGUUUCUUAGAAUGGCAGCUUUUGUAAGAAACAAAAAAAAUGUUUGCUAUACUAAAAUAAAAACUUUGUUAAUAUAACAUCAGACUAUAAUUAAAGGGACUUUUGUCUGAUUUUUUUAAAUAGUAAUUGAUUUUUUUAAUAGUAGUUUUUGUUGAGCCAUCCUAUUAUAUAAUUUAUUUAUAUUUUAAAAAUUACUUAAUAUUGCUGAACGUAACGGCUGCUGUCUGGAGUUGUGCAUUCAAUGGAUUUGUACUUGAUUAGUUUCUACGAACAGGUUGUUUAGUUAAAUAUUAAAAACAUUAAUGUAUAAAAAUGUAAUUUUAAAUACUAGAAACUGGUUGUAACAUUUACAUUGCAAACAUUGGAAGGUUUAUAUUGAUUAACAGAU